CGAUCACGUAACACACGGCACAGACUCACAGCAGAGGCACCACUUCAUCCGGACAGGCUGCUUGUUACUGGAUGAAAAUAACCGAGCAGAACCUCGCAGAUUUGUGUUUUUUGGCCGGUUGGACGGCUGUACUCGACUAAAGCUGGAAGGAGCGCAGAUAUGCACGCAGCAGGACGGAUUUUACGUUCCUCACGUGAGAUGUGAUGAGAUGAUGAAAAAGAUGGGCGAGAAAGACCCUAAACACAGCAGCCGAGUUGUGCUGGUUAAGAGGAUCAUAAUGAAGCAUGACACUCCGGUCCAGCAGGGCAUCGGGAAGCCGAGCGUCUAUCAUGCUGUCGUGGUCAUCUUCCUGGAGUUUUUCGCCUGGGGUCUCCUGACCACGCCGAUGCUCACCGUUUUGCAUGAAACGUUCCCCAAACACACAUUCUUAAUAAACGGCCUGAUUCAGGGAGUGAAGGGUCUGCUGUCGUUUAUGAGCGCGCCGUUAAUUGGCGCUCUGUCAGACGUGUGGGGCAGACGAUCGUUUCUAUUGGUUACCGUGUUCUUCACGUGUGCGCCCAUCCCGCUCAUGAGACUCAGUCCAUGGUGGUACUUUGCCAUGAUAUCAGUGUCCGGCACAUUUUCCGUCACUUUCUCCGUUAUCUUCGCGUACAUCGCAGAUGUCACGGAUGUGCGUGAGAGGAGUACGGCAUACGGACUCGUUUCGGCGACGUUCGCAGCGAGUCUGGUCACCAGUCCGGCCAUCGGCGCGUACCUGUCGGCCAGCUACGGAGACAAUCUGGUGGUGCUGCUGGCGACAGUCAUCGCUCUUGCCGACAUCUGCUUCAUCCUUCUGGCCGUCCCAGAGUCACUGCCCGACAAGAUGAGGCUCAACACAUGGGGAGCGCCCAUCUCCUGGGAGCAGGCCGACCCGUUUGCUUCUUUACGGAAGGUCGGGCAGGACACGACCGUCCUGCUCAUCUGUAUCACAGUGUUUCUGUCCUAUCUGCCCGAGGCGGGUCAGUACUCCAGCUUUUUCCUCUACCUGCGACAGGUCAUUAACUUCUCGCCCAAAACGAUAGCGGUGUUCAUCGGUGUGGUGGGAAUCCUCUCAAUCCUGGCACAGACGCUGUUUCUGACUUUAUUAAUGAGGACCAUCGGGAACAAGAACACGGUUCUUCUGGGUCUGGGUUUCCAGAUUUUCCAGCUGGCCUGGUACGGUUUGGGGUCCGAGCCGUGGAUGAUGUGGGCGGCCGGCGCGGUGGCAGCUAUGUCCAGCAUAACGUUCCCUGCUGUGAGCGCUUUGGUGUCAUGCAGCGCAGAUCCAGAUAAACAGGGUCUGGUUCAGGGCAUGAUUACAGGGAUUCGUGGGCUCUGUAACGGUUUGGGUCCUGCGCUGUACGGCUUCGUGUUCUUCCUCUUUAAUGUAGAGUUGAGCGAGAUCCCCUCCAUCGAGCCCGACUACGCCAUCCCACUACAGCCCUCACCAGAGAAGACCUUAAUCCCCGGUCCUCCGUUCCUCCUGGGCGCCUGCACGGUGGUGGCAGCGUUUGUAGUCGCUCUCUUCAUCCCGGACCACCCUACGCCCCCAGCGACGCCCUGCCAAACCCGUAAGAGCAGCGCGAGUCUGGCCGGCGCUCACACCAACACACAGCUGCCGGGGAGCGAAGAGGACUUCGAACCGCUGCUCGAAGACAGCAACGUCUGACUCUGAAACUAAAUCACAAAUGGAAAAAAAUGAAAAGGGUGUCAACAAAUCGCAAACCCUCCACCUGUCAGCGACUAACAUUUGAGAGCGUGCAGUGUUUCUUUUUUUUGUUGUUUAUGACAAAACGGUUAUCGGUUUUGAACACAGCUUUUUUAUUAAGCGUUUUUACAGCGUUUAACAUGAAUCAACACACUAAGGGCUCGAUCAGUCAGAUGGGAUGCCUUAGGUUUGAUUGAGUUUAAACACAAAGCUCUUUAUGUAUAUAGAUAUUUGGGCGAAGUGCAGUAAAGUUUAUUGUAUGCGGAGCUUGAGGUGGCUGGAAGAAUAACGUCGCUGUCGUGAGAUUGAAGAAAAACUGGGUGAACUUCAUGAGAACAUGGUUUAGGCCAUUGACUUUAUUUUCAAGCACAUUUUCUCCCUCCUUAAAACAGGCUUUAUUUGCAUGAAGAAAAAUCACAUUUCCUGUGAUUUCAUAUAAUUCCCCCAAACGGAAUUUGAGAUUAAUACACAGUAUUUUUCUACCGCAGUGACUGAAGCCUUAAAGUCACAUAUACUGUGGCGUUUGACAAGGUUUUAAUAUAUUAGCGGUGCAUCUGGUUGCAUGAACAGUAUUUGUGGCGAUGUUAACCAAACCCAAAACACUAGAGCACCAGCGGAGGCUAACGUAGUUCUUCUAGGCCAGUUAGUUGUUACGGACACAGCUUGAUUGUGAAAUUCUUGAACUGUGUGUGUGUGUGUGUGUGUGUAAAGGUUCUAUGCAAGUAGUGAUCAAAAUGUCAUUAAAUUUAGAAGUAAAAUGGACUGUGAAUGCCAUUUCAUGUUGAGAAACAUGAUAGUAUUGCUUAAAAUAUUACAUUUGUACACGUGAAAAUUCGUUUUUACUUUGCAGAAAAGAAACUGCAAAGUGCAUAAGUUAAGCUAUUUUACUCAACCAUAUUUAUAUAUUUCCUUAAGGAUAAUUCGUAUUUAUUAAAAAAAUCAGCCAACAUUAAGUACCAGCUACCUCAUUUCUGGAGGUUUCGAAGAUUUCGUGAAACGAGGUUAGAUUUGAUAUUUUUAUCUGCAUUUUUUGUUUUGUUUUUAUAGCCACAAUCCAUUUUCAAAAGGAUUUUAGAUUUUUCCGAGAUUCAUUAAAAUUAUUUUGUUCACGAAUUCCAUAUCUUCUGAUACAGUGAAUGUUUUCCAAGCAGAUGAUUUAUUUUGCACGAACACCCGUAUGAAUUUCCAGAGUGAUGCUUUAUAUUUCCGAGGCCUCUUUCUUUUAGUGCGAAGAACACUGUAGAGCAUCUCAUUAGAGUUUGAGGUCAUCAUCAGACUGACCUGUGCUCAUUUCCUGUUCCACGUGUGCAUCAUUUCCUGCUCUUGCUGUAUUCCAUACAAAUAUGGCAGAUAUUCCAUUCAGAACCCGAUGACCUGUCAAUCAGACAGAGAUUGAGAGCAUAAUCUGAAUAUUUGCUUUCCAUCAUUUAUUCUCUAGAUUUGAGUCUUUUUCCAUGUAUUUGCAUUAUUUCAUCCAUAUUUAUAAUACAGCGACGUGAAAGUUUACGCUUGAAAUUGCGCUGUUGUGUAUUUAUGGCGCGAUCUCGGAAUGUGUGUAACGGCUCAGUCGUAGUUCCCGCGCUUUUGGGUUUUGAAUUCGUGCACAGCUUCUAACGGCAGUUUUUACAUGUAAUAUAGCGACGAUCAUAUUCAUUAUUUUAGGAUUGUAAAGUAUUGUAUAUGUAUUGAAUAGUAUUACAGAAAAACUUUUACAUGUUGCCAGACCCGCAAUAUUUUUGGAACAAUUAACGCGCGGCUCCAAAUAAAGUCAACCAAUCGUCAGAAACGUCGCGCGUGUUCACUAGAAUACCUUUAGCUUUCCUUUCUUAACUUGUCAAGUAUUAGUGUGUCUUUCAAUGGGAUACACAAGGUGCCUCAAGUGUAAAACAUGUUCAUUUGUAAUCUGACUAGGCUACACUGAACAGCUGAUGAAGAUGAACUGUACAUGGAUCCUUAUGUAGCCUAUAUAUUGUCAUGUAUUUUGUGUACCUAUUAAAAAGGGGAAAAUUAAUAUUA